AUGAGCCUUUCAAACACUGGAAGAAAUUUCACAACACCUGUCUAUCGGGACACUUUACAAACAGCCGUAGUUAAGAAUGUGAUUACUGUGGUUCUCUGCAUCUCCAUUAACUAUAUCAACAGUGCCCUGAUACACACAUUCAAAAAACAUCAGGUUUUCAAUAUGAACCCUCGCUACAUCCUGUACAUCCAUCUGGUAAUCAAUGAUAUAAUCCUGCUGACCAUUUUCACCCUCAUUCAAGUCCUGAGUUACAUUGUGUUCACUCUAAAUGUCUCCUUAUGUAUAAUUUUGCUAAUGAUAGCUAUAUUUGCAAAUCUAAACAAUCCUCUAACACUAGCUGUCAUGGCAGUAGAGUGUUACAUUGCCAUUUGCUUCCCCCUACGCCACACCCAGAUCUGUACAGUCAAGAAAACAUAUGUUGUGAUCGGCCUGAUUUGGGUGCUAAGUACACUCUCAAUCCUACCAGAUUUAUUUGUCGCCUUGGCCACAGAAUCUAUGGAAUUCUUUCAAUCCAGAGUGUUUUGCCUGAGAGAAAAUAUUUUCAGAAACCCCUAUCUCAGAGAGAAGAGAGAUAUAUCCAACACUGUGUUUUUGGUCAUUGUUUGGCUCACUCUUUUAUAUACAUACUUCAGGAUCCUUUUCGCUGCACAAGCAGCUUCUACAGACACCAAGAAAGCAAGGAACACUGUCCUCCUCCAUGGCUUCCAGCUGCUGUUGUGUAUGCUUACCUAUGUUUUUCAUCUUAUGAUAGAAAGUCUGACAUAUUUGUUCCCGAAAGGGGUACUGGCCGUUCGCUUUGCUAUCUCAAUAUUUGUUCAGGUUCUGCCUCGACUCAUCAGUCCUGUUGUUUAUGGGCUACGAGACAAAACUUUCAGGAAGUACCUGAAAAGACAUCUGUUCUGUACAAGUGUUAACACUCAUCCACAAAAAUUUGUGAGGCCACUGUAA